AUUUUCAGUGAGUGAGUCAACACAUUGGUCGGCACACUAACAAUUUCAACGGAUAAUUCUUUUUUUUUCCUUUUCUGGAUUGUUUCGGCAUUUUAUCUCGUCUAAAUUUUGCCGUCUACCUACAUUUUGAGUAUUCACAGCAUUUCAAGAAACACAGAUACCGUGUCUCUGUGUGUAGCAUUUGUGUGUGCUCUUCAAAGGCAAGCAUUUUGAUUCACAUUCCAUAUAGACAGAGUUGUUGUUUAUUUGUCGUCUCUUUUCUCCGUUUCGUUUGUUCUCUAUCCUAUUAUUUUGCCUUCAUCUUUUUGACAACUACGUUAUGCGCAUAGCAUUUCAUACCGAAGAGCAGCAGCCAUCAGUUAUUAUACUCGGCUGCAUAUAGACGGAAAAAAAAGAAGAAGAGGCAGGAGAUAAUUUCAACAAACAAAAAAAGCGACGAAUAUUCAAUUGCAAUUGAACGCCAUUUUUCGUUGUUGCUCUCUUUCGCAGACAUAUAAAAGAUCAACGAAACAUUCUUUCUGUCACGGCAGUUUGUGAGGCACGCCAAUUUUUAUUGCAGCACACACAGUUUGACGCCUUUACUCGUGAACAUGAGCAAACGUAUGUCAAGAUACCCGUGCGAUACGAAAGUGUAUGUUGGUGAUUUGGGAAAUCAUGCACGGAAAAAUGAAUUGGAAGAUUCAUUUUCGUACUAUGGACCAUUGAGGAGCGUUUGGAUUGCACGCAAUCCACCAGGUUUUGCAUUUGUCGAAUUUGAAUCGGCCCGUGAUGCCGAAGACGCUGUACGCGGUUUGGAUGGGCGCAUGAUUUGCGGUCGACGAGCUCGAGUAGAAGUGUCAAGUGGCAAAUCCGGCCGUGGAAAUUAUCGCGGAUCCAAGUCCCGUCGCCCUUAUCACCAAGACGAUCGUUGCUAUGAAUGUGGUGACCGAGGCCAUUAUGCCCGGGAUUGCCGUCGCCAUGGGCGAACCCGCAAACGAUCUCGUUCGCGCAGUCCACGUAGUCGCAGUCCACGCGAACGCCGUUCCCGUUCGGGCAGUGCAUCUCGAUCACGCUCACGCAGUGUGCGCAAUGGAAGCCCACGUGAUCGUCGAUCCCGAUCAGUUUCGGCAUCCCGAUCUCGUUCACGCACUCCACGCAACGGAAGAGCUCUGCCAGUGAACAAGAUCCGUCGCCGUGCACGCUCCGAAAGCGGUGGUGAUUCAAAGUCACCAAAACGUUCAAUUUCACGCUCAAGAAGCCGAUCCCGUUCAAUGGACGAUAAAAGUGAUGAUUAAACACGCAGAAAAUGUUUUUCUUGCAUUUUGCGUUAGCACGUGAAGUGUGUAAUUUCACCACCACCACAAACCUUCACAUUUUUCUAGUAGCUAAGUUAACAUGAUUUCAUAUAUAAUCUCAAACUGUACUCCAUAAGUAUCCAUACAAAUCAUAAAAUAGCUCGAGCAAAUUUUAAUGGAUCUCUCCACAGAGAUUUGAGCAUACACUGAAUAUUUAUGUCAAAAUCAUUUGAUCAAGUCUAGAUUCGUAGCGAAUUUUAAUGAGAGCUAUCUCCAUUGAAAUCACUACUAAUGAUCAGAGACCCAUUGAAAUCAAGAGUGAAAACAAAGAAGAAAAUGAAAACAAGAAUUGUGAACCAAAAACAAUUGGAUUUAGCUAGGAAUUAGUCAUUUUUCGUUCCAUUUUUCGGUCGUUGUAAGAAAAUCAAAUAAAUAAUGUGAAAUUUCGGGAUGUCCACAAAUAA